ACAUAACCGGUAUUAGAAGAAAAAGCGAGGAGCCAAUUGAUAUUUCGGCUAACUUUGUAAUGCGAUGAAGAUAAGCUGAACGGCAUAAGUUUGGAGUUGGGGUUAACAGACAAGACAGACUUAAAUGGUGGAAGCCUAAUUUAGUUUUACUCGAAGCCAUGAUUAUGAUGCUUCCCUCAGCCCUGUCUUCUACACCUAAAGUUACGGUUCCUGUGUAUGGUACAACUCUAUCAACAUCUCCCAUUCUAAGAGAUUGCAUAGCUCAAACUAGCCAUAUAACCAGUAGCCAUAGCUGCUCAAUUCACAACUUGAAAGAUGACAGAGCACAGAAUGGACAUCAAUUACAUUGUGAUAAGAAAUUAAGGAGGAGGCUUAUCCUUCUUACUCCUUUUACAUUAGGCCUGUUUCCAACUUCACCUGCAUCUGGGAAGACAAAGAGUAAAAGUCCAUACGAUGAAAGACGCUUAUUAGAACAAAACAAGCGGCGACAGAAAGAAAAUAAUGCCCCGGAAGACUUCCCUAAUUUCAUUAGAGAAGGUUUUGAGGUUAAGGUGGUAACAUCAGACGAUUACAUCAAGUGUGACUCAGGACUAAUAUACCGGGAUUUUGAAGUUGGUAAAGGUGAUUGCCCAAAGGCUGGUCAACAGGUGAUCUUCCAUUAUGUUGGCUAUAAUGAAUCUGGCCGUCGUAUCGACAGUACCUACUUGCAGGGUGCUCCUGCAAGAAUUCGCAUGGGCACCAAAGCACUUGUUCCAGGUUUUGAGGAAGGAAUAAAAGAUAUGAAAGCUGGGGGUAAGAGAAGAAUAAUCAUUCCACCAGAACUUGGACCUCCUGUAGGACCUUCCACUUUCUUCAGCUCAAAACAAUUUGAAGUCUUUGAUGUGGAACUAGUCAGCAUUCAGGACUGUCAAAGGAGGACUAUUGGGUUUUAUUCUGAUUUUGUAUGCACUUGAAUAACUGAAGGCACAUUUUUCUUAAUUUGAAACAUCGAUUCUCGUCUAGCACCACGUUCAUCGGUGACAUCAAGAAUAGACAAUGAAUGUUUUACAUCAUGUUAAUCUAAAAAAGAUCCAAUCACAAAAACACAGGUUCUGAUAUGGGAUUAUUAUAUGUGGAACUAGAAUCAGGUACAUGUAUAAUGGUGGAUUUUUCAGGAUACACAUAAUUAUUAUUAUUGUUGAACAUCACAAAA